AUGUCUAAAAGUAAUGCUUAUCGUAUGCUAGUCCUGCUGGAAGACGAUACUAAGAUUAGUAAAGAAGAUGAAAAAUUUUUGAAAGGCAAGCCAGGAAAAAUGCAUGAAUUUGUUGAUGAAUUGAUACUACCAUUUGAAAUUGAUGAACUAGACGAAUUAAACAUUUGGUUUGAUAAGUUCGAUGCCGAAAUUUGUAUACCGAACGAAGGUCACAUCAAAUAUGAAAUUAGUAGUGAUGGGCUGAUUGUGCUCAUGCUGGAUAAAGAAAUUCAAGAGGUUGUCGAAAAGGUAAAGAAUUUCGUCGAAGACAAUAACUGA